UACGCUCCUAGCGGCAGCGCCACGCACCAUAACACUCACACUUACCAAACAUCUACUUAGCAAGUGCCACACCUGAUGAUUACUGAUAAGCUCGACACGCUAAGGUGGUGACUGUAAGUGCGACGAGGCUUUAGGACUGGAGUGUUGCGUAAGAGAGGCAGUGACGCCAGUAAGUGCGUUGGUGUUGAUGCUGGCGUAGUGUUGGUGCUGAGUGUCUAGUGCUCAUGUUGUACAGUACUCGCGCCACCUGGCAAUGUGCGGGAGAGAGACGAGUUGUAUGCGCUGCUACAAGUGUGACAUGUACAGUGAAGGGUGCCCUGCCUCACACUAGGUGUGGGCAGCGGUGUAAGGCAAGAGGGAGGAAUGCGCAUGUACCAGGGGCCAUUACCGCCGCCAGGGGGGCUGCCCCUGCCUGCCCGCCGUGGCGGCGGCGGCAGCAGCAGCAGGGCAUCACAACAUCUGCCCACCCUCCGUGCCCAUCACCAUCAUCACCGUCCUCUUCCUCUACCUUCACGUACCCACCACCACCACCACCAUCACCACCACCACCAUUACCACAGGACUGGCCAUGGCCACAGCCACCAUCACCACCACCAUAGCUCCAAUAAUUCUCAAGACAAAAAUCUGGAGAUGUCUCGCUCAAAGCAGUCAAAAGCACUUGAUGAAAGUCAUGCCAAUGAACUCAUUCUCUCUGAGGACAGCGAUGACGACAUGCAGGCAAGGAGUGGUGCAUUAGUAAAUAACAGGCCAGUGUCUAACUCGGCCCAGUUUGGUACUCCUGCUAGCCAGCUACAGUCUUCUAUAGGGGCACCUUCAAACUCCAUCCCCCCACUGUCACCAAUUUCACCAAAGACUUCAGAAGAAUCAUCCUCUUCAGACGAUACCAGUGAUGAUUCAGAUGUGUCUUCCAAUAAUACGUCUGAUGAUGACCAACCAGAGUACUCCCCUAAGCCACAAGAGGACAAUAUGAAUGCGUGGAAGCUGGAUAAUUUCAUCACACAGAGGAAGACCAAUUCACCUAUAUCGCAGGUGGCUCCUGCUGGUGGGCCUGUACCUGGUACUCGGGCUGAGAGUAACCCGCCCAGUGAUGCUACACCAUCUGCUCCACCACCCAGAGAAAAGCGAGACCGUCGUGUCAGCAAGCCGCCAACAGCGUUUAAUUCUUCUGGCCGCGGAACAAGGGCUGCUCUGGAUUUGAGAGGGCGAGGCAAACCUGAAAAGCCUGGUCACUAUGAUGACUCCUCAGAUGAUGGGGAGCCUCACCCGCGGCCGAUUCCUCGUGUGUCUGCUGAACUGCGGCAGACUCCAAAGCAUAGCAGGGACCAUGAUUCCAGGGCCAGGUCAUCAAAGACAAAAGCAUCCAAUAGUCGUCUGAUAGGUUCAGACAGUGACUUGGAUUCUGAGUCUCCCGGUUCCCGGAAACCUGGAUCAUCCCAGCCUUCUAAUGGUUCUAUUAGUGUGGGUAAAGGAAUACCAAAAGUGUCAGAGAAGACUACUAAAACGAGUGUUUCUCAAGGCUCCCGGGAGUCUGUUAAAAAAACAUCAAGGGAGAAAUUGGACUCCUCUAAGAAAGAUAGUCAUAUAGGUGCCAAAUCAGAGACUGGAAAAUCAAAACGUGAAAAGAAAUCAAUGGAGUUUCUGCCGUCUGACAUAGAUUCUGAUUCUGAUAGUGACAGCAUUAUUGAUGUAGUAAAUACUUCACCUGAUAAGCUGCAAUCCAGGGUUACACUAUCUUCUCAGUGCACGCCUUCAAGAACACCUAAGGAAUCUUUGAAAGUUGUUCCUAGUCCUGUGAAAUCAGUCCAGGCAAGUCCCCAUGUAUCUCCAAUGAGUUGUGCUAGUGUUUCUAAUAAAAGCAGUGUGAAAAGGUCUAGUGGUGGACUUAGUGAAGCCAUAAGUUCAGAAUCAUUAACAAGUAAAAGUGAGGAUGAAACGCACUCUCCUUGUCGAGGCCAAAGUAGUUCUCAAAAGGUAGACAUUGCCAGGGACAAGGGGGCACUAGUAAACCGGGCAUUUAGCACAUUGGUUAAAAAAGAUAAGGAGGGAAGGGAAAGGGACCAAGUGGAAAAGAAUAAGAAAGCAAAAAAUGUUAGUGAUACGAGAAAAGUUAGUGGUAAUAAAGACAUAAGUGAAAAAAGUGAGAGAGAUAGAAGUAGAGGCAUAAGUGAAUCAAGUUCUAUAGAAAGCAAAUUAGAAACGAGGCCAGGUGCCUCUCCUAUAGUGAAUAAGUUAUGUAAGUCUCCCAUAGUUAGUGCAGAACCAAAAGUGCCCAUACCCCAGGUACAAUAUGAAAAUGGUGUUCCAAAACUCACAUGUACAAUCCCCCUUAGCUUUAUUGACAAAGUGCCCAAAUCUUGUGUAAAUGGUGCAUCCUUUGUAAGUAAAACUGAUAUCAAGGAAGAAGUUGAUAAAAAGAAAGUCCUUGAUAAUAGAACUAAAGAAGGUAAAGGCAAAAGAAAAACAUGUGAUCCUAAUACUAAAGCACCUGAAGAUGUGUCAAAACGAAAAAUAAUUACGUCCAUAUUUGGUGGUGUUAAAAGACAAGAUCAUGAAAGUGAUGAAGACAAAGUUAAGAAGGAAGUGAAAAAAGAAACUGUUGACAGUGAUGAUGAAUAUGAAAGAAAUGAAGUUAAGUCAUCUAUCAGUGUUAAAGAGUGAGUAGGACUUGAUUUCUCUCUUUAUUUACCUU